AUGCAACUGCCAUGGGGCGGCCGCGACGGUCCGGGAUAUGACACCUUGCUACCGACAUCCAACAUCCCUUCCAUCGCCGGGCAUGCUGCAGAUGACAUUGAUUCCAAGGAUAGCGAUCGUCCACAGCGCCCAAGUCGCCACGUCCGAACCACGUCUUCUGAUGCACGGAACGUUGCCGAUCAUUUCUCCUAUAUGACCCCGAGCGAAGCCGCAGCGAAUUUACGGACAUCACUCACCCUUGGCCUUACUCCAACCGAAGCUCUGACCAGACUCGGCGAAUAUGGUCCGAAUGAAAUUCCUCACGAUCCCCCAGAGCCAUUAUGGCUACGAUUCGUUAAGCAAUUCCAGGAGCCCCUUAUUCUGCUGCUUCUGGUUUCGGCCGGUACAUCGCUCCUCUUGGGAAACAUGGAUGACGCUAUCAGUAUCACAGUCGCUGUGACAAUUGUCGUGUCCGUCGGAUUCAUACAAGAGUAUCGUUCUGAAAAGUCUAUCGAGGCUCUUAACCACCUUGUGCCGAAUCAUGCCCAUCUGGUCCGUGGUCAGAGCAAAACAUCGCCGUUGGGGAAGACUACUACCUGGCCACCGCGCACAGAUGAUGCCGAUUCAGCCUUGACCCCCGGCUCUGUCACUCCAGUUAGCGAUAUUCUGGAUGCGACCUCUUCAAAGGUCAUGGCUUCUCAACUGGUUCCUGGCGAUCUCGUUCUGUUUACCACCGGUGAUCGCAUUCCUGCCGACAUCCGUGUUACCAAAGCCGCAGACUUGACGAUUGAUGCGUCAAACCUCACUGGAGAGACGGAGCCUGUCAGAGUGACGGCUGAGGCACGUAGCCGUGGAUUUGGCUCAUAUGGUCUCGACAAAUCACAGUUGCCUCGACCCAACUCUCUUGCCCCCUCUGAGCAUGGAGAUUCUCACGGAGACGGUAUUCAUAAUAUUGCAUAUAUGGGAACAUUGGUGAAGUCGGGCCAUGGUCAGGGUAUUGUCUUUGCGACUGGAGGCCAUACACACUUUGGAACUAUUGCUGUCAGCGUUUCUGGUACCGAGAGUCCGAGAUCACCGCUUCAGUUAUCCAUGGAUGACCUCGGCUCGCAGCUCAGUAAAGCUUCAUUUGUUGUAAUUGGCCUCAUCUCAGUUGUCGGCUGGCUCCAGGGGAAGAAACUUCUUGAGAUCUUCACUAUUUCGAUAUCACUUGCCGUUGCCGCCAUCCCCGAAGGUCUGCCUAUUAUUGUAACUGUCACAUUGGCUCUGGGAGUUCAUCGCAUGGCUAGGCAUAAUGCGAUCGUCCGAAGGAUGCCCAAGGUCGAGACUCUGGGCUCCGUGAAUGUAGUUUGCACUGAUAAAACAGGUACCCUUACUACGAACCACAUGACAACUACUCGAAUGUGGUAUUUUGGAGCUCAAGAACCUGUCCCGGUGGAGUCUGAUCACGAUGAUGCUGAAACGAAUCCAGACCUUAACCAGGCCACCCUUCGAGUGCUUCGUAUAGGCAACAUUGCGAAUGAUGCACGACUUGCCCAAAAGUAUACAGAGCAUGGCCAAGCCGCAACAGCUGUACUUUCGUCGACCCUAGGACGUGGUCAGGUUUCCACAUAUACCCGCUGGGUUGGACAACCUACUGACGUUGCCAUGCUGGACCUCCUUGAUCGCUUCAAGGAGCACGAUGUUAGAGAAUCUAUCGGCCCUCGAGUGAGCGAGACACCUUUCAGCUCUGAACGAAAGUGGAUGGGUGUCACAAUUGGAUCCGAAACAAAGGGUGACAAGGAAUUCGCUUACAUGAAGGGCUCUAUCGAAAAGGUUCUGGCAGCCUGUGACACUUAUCUCGAAAAGGAUGGAAGGGAAAUUGUACUUGACUCUGCACGUCGUCAGGAGGCCCUUCAAGCCGCCGAAGCCAUGGCUGUCCAAGGUCUACGGGUAUUGGCAUUUGCCAGCGGCUCCGUCACGCGCCCUUUGAGAAGCAAAUCCGCCGCGCGCAGCACCCCUGGUUUUGACCGAAGCGAGAGUCCAUUUUCUCACAGCCCAGAAGACAUUUACAAAAACCUCACCUUUGCGGGUCUUGUUGGUAUGCGUGAUCCUCCGCGACCCGGAGUUGGGCGUUCAAUCAGGCGCUUGAUGCGAGGUGGGGUCAAGGUCAUCAUGAUUACCGGCGAUGCAGAGACGACAGCGCUUGCGAUAGGAAAGCAACUGGGCAUGAACAUUGCAGUCCCUAGUGGACAUGCAGGCGGCCAGAACACCGUAAGGCCUGUGCUGCGUGGUGACGAGGUUGACAGGAUGUCGGAGGAAGAUCUGGCACAGGCCAUGCAACACACAACCAUAUUUGCACGAACGAAUCCAGACCACAAGCUUAAGAUCAUUCGAGCCCUCCAGUCAAGAGGCGAUAUUGUCGCAAUGACUGGUGAUGGUGUCAAUGAUGCGCCAGCUUUGAAGAAGGCAGACAUUGGUAUCUCUAUGGGCCGCCAUGGAACUGAUGUUGCGAAGGAGGCAGCAGACAUGAUUUUGACGGACGAUGACUUUUCUACAAUUCUCAGAGCCAUCGAAGAGGGCAAGGGUAUCUUCAACAACAUCCAGAAUUUCCUGACCUUCCAACUCAGCACAAGUGCUGCCAGUUUGGCACUUGUUUUUAUUUGCACCUGCUUUGGCUUCAAAUCCCCUUUGAACGCCAUGCAGAUUCUUUGGAUUAACAUUAUCAUGGAUGGCCCUCCAGCUCAGUCUUUGGGUGUUGAAAGGGUAGACCCUGAUGUUAUGACCAAGCCUCCACGACGACGAGGAGAUCCAGUACUUACCAAGUCGCUUGUUACACGCGUUCUCACAUCGGCGGCCAUUAUUACUAUUGGAACAAUGCUCAUCUACCGUCGUGAGAUGAUGGCUGAUGCACAAGUAACCCGACGUGACACGACGAUGACAUUCACCUGCUUCGUCUUCUUCGACAUGUUCAAUGCUUUGAGCUGCCGGUCAGAGUCUAAGUCGGUGCUUCAGGGCGAAGUUGGACUCUUUUCUAACAACUUGUUCAACUGGGCUGUCUCUCUCAGCAUUGCUGGACAGUUGCUUGUCAUCUAUUUUCCUUGGCUCCAGGAGACUUUCCAGACAGAAGCUCUUGGGUUUUUUGACCUCCAAGGGAUUGUUGGCCAUGGGCAUGUCAUUCUGUCUCGAGGUGCAGGCCUUCAAAACGGCAUUUCCCACAGCGAACACCCUGUCGUCGAAACACCAGCCGCUGUCUCUACUUCGUCCCUUGACAAUGCCAACACCGAGUCCGAGAUUCGUGAAGCGCUCGCCUCCCUGCAUGCCCACGAGGUUUCUAUAACGUCCCGCCUCGAUGCUCUCGUGGCUUCACAGGCUGAUUUAUCCCGCGACCUUGGGCGGCUGGAUCUGCUGCGGGCUGGACUGGGAGCGCAGGUCAUCGCCGCACGUUCAAUUGGAAAUGACAUGCUAGCAACGGCAGCAGAUACGGCUGGCCGACUGAGUGACAGGGUCAAGGAGCUGGACCUCGAAAAGAGUCGAGUCGAAGAAACGCUGGGUGUGGUGGAACAGGUCGCGGAGCUCAAGGCUUGUGUCAAUGGCGUGGUGGGUUCCAUGGGAGCGCCCCAAGACUGGGAGGCUGCUGCUGGAUACAUAUCAAGAGCAAGCAAGAUACCAGAAGAGAUCACAAAAGGUUCAUUCGCUGUUGGCAUAGUACCCAGCGUCGAAGUCCCCGACCCGCCAUGGGUGACAUUGGAAGAAGCCAAGGAGAGUUUAUGCGGCCUCUUCUUGAGAGAGUUUGAAAAGGCGGCAGAGGAGAGUGAUGGCACGAAAGUUACUAGAUUUUUCAAGCUCUUCCCCUUGAUAGGAAGAGCUGAGGUCGGAUUAGAUGUCUACGGAAGAUAUGUGUGCCAGGGAGUCGCUGGAACCGCUCGAGCGACACUCAAAGACGCCCUGAACGGACAGCGUAGGGAAGGUUUCUUUUAUGCCAACGCCUUGACGAAGUUGUUUGAGCACAUCGCCCAGAUUGUCGAAGGCCACGGCGGACUUGUAGAGCGUCAUUAUGGCUCUGGAAAAAUGGUUCGUGUUAUUGAACGUUUACAGAUGGAAGCGGAUGUCCAGGGUGGUAUCAUUGUCGACACCUGGAGCGACGAAAGAGGAAUCGAUAGAAAACUCACCGACGUCAGGAGUUAUCCAUUCUCGUUUUUAGUCCAGAGCUUCUUACCCCAGCCCCCUCGUGGUGGCACACCGAGGGUGAACUCGCCAGCCAUAGGGGUAGGCAACAAUCCCCGAGAAAGUGAGGAUGAGGGUGUCAAUAUGAGAGAAGUUGACGGCCUCCUGAGCGAGAUUGCGGUGAUGCUUGGACGCUGGUCAUUGUACACUCGAUUCCUCGCCGGCAAAUGCAAGAAUCCCGACACACCAGAUGAAGCGCCUCUUGUCAUACCAGACGUACUUGUCAAGUCAAAUCUGUACCGAAAAGUAUCUACCAAGCUCACAUCCCCUUAUAACGUCAUGACUACUUUCUUCUUCCGUCGUUCUGUCGAAAAGGCGUUCCAGCUGGACGAAUAUCCUACCGGUCUGUCAUUAAGCUUGAGCAGGCAGAUCGAGGGCAACGCCCCAUACAUUAUAUUAGCGGUGGACGAUGUCAUGUACAUUGUGAAUGCGGUCAUUCAGAAAUCUAUUUCAACAUCACAAAGAGAUGUCAUUGCUUCUGUCGUCCCGACAGUUGGCCGAGUGCUUGGCUCCGACUUUGUUGGUAUGAUCCAGCGCAAGAUGAGAGAUGAAUCGUAUCCUAGACCGGUCGUCCAGGGAGGCUUCCCACCUGAGGACAAGAUCAUCCAGUUCAUCGUUCUUAUCAAUAGUCUGGACAUGGCCAACGAGUAUUUGACUCGAAUUAUCACGGGACGGAUAGGGGAAUCGAGUCACCUGCCAAACGGUGAUGCCCAAAACGGGCCCCUCAAGGAUUCGUUCCCAUUUGAGCGAGAUGUUAUCUUUGUUGCAAACGCGCUACACACCCUUCAAACUUCGUUCAUCGGAAAAACGACCGAGCUGCUCAACGAGGGAAUCCAGGUACUCUUCAACCAGGUUGUCAAGCUCCGUUUAAGGCCGGUCCUGACAGAUACAUUCCGUGAUGCGGACUACACCUUGUCGGAGGACGAUAUUGCAGAUAUAGCGCAGCAGAAUGACGAAGACGAGGAUGAACUCCUGGAACAAGUACCCCGACUGUUCGAGCAUGGUUGGGAUCAACUCAUGAAGCCAAUUGCACGUUUGAUGACACCAGGGACAUACACCACUCUCCUUGACACCACAGCACGCUACCUCUCCAAGAUAUGGGAGAAGAAGAUCAUGGGCUAUGCGGGCCGCACAAAUGCUCUUGGUGCAAUCAGACUGGAGCGUGAUUUUAUCGCGUUAGUAGACAUCGUAUCUCGUGGGGACUACGCCGUGAGAGAGGUCUUCGCCAAGGUCCUGCAAAUACUCAUGGUCGCCAACAUGGAAGAUGACGAGUGGGAUGAGGUUAUGGCCCAAGAUGGAGAAGACGAUGCCAUCGAAUGGGUUUUGACUGAGGAGGAGAGGAGGCGGGCGAGAAGUUUGGUUAGAGGAUGA